AUGUUAGCCAGAAUUGCAAUUUCACGAUUCUUUUCUACUACAACUCGUUCUUUUGCUGAAGCGGAAAGGAAAGUUUCGAAAGAAGCGUUAAUGGCUCUUCGUAAACGUACUGGAUACAGUUACGUCAACUGUAGAAAGGCAUUGGUUCAAUUUGGUGAAGACCAAAUGGAUGCUGCUGAAAAAUGGUUAAGAGAAGCAGCGGCGAAAGAAGGUUGGGCGAAAGCCGCCAAAUUAGGCUCUCGAGCCACUUCGCAAGGAUUGGUGUCAAUUGUUAGUGACAAAGACGUGGCAGCUAUUGUCGAAUUAACUUGCGAGACUGAUUUCGUGGCAAGAGCAGAUCAUUUUAAACAAUUGCUACAAGAUUUGACAGUGAGUUUAUUGGAAAAAGCGAAAAAGGAUCUGGCUUCUACCGAUAAUUCCACACUAAAAGAAGUAUCUUAUGAUCCAGAAGCUAUUGUAAAUAAGGACGGAAAGAAUCUUCGUGAUGUCUUAUCGCUUUCAAUUGGAAAGUUAGGAGAAAAUAUGGUUUUGAAGCGUUUGAAAGCUUAUAAAGCUCCAAAGGGUACCCAUCUUUAUGGAUCAGCUCAUCCAAAAGAAUCGUCGGGUGAUGUCGUCAUGGGAAGAUUCGUUUCAUUAAUUGCAAUUGAUCACACUCCACAAGGCUCUAUCGGUACUGAGCAACUUGCUGCUCAACUCUGCCAGCAUGUCAUCGGAAUGUCGCCAGAAAAACUGGGCGAACCCCCAGUAACAAAAACUGAUGCGACAGCUACUUCUGAGAGCAAUGAUGAGUUUGCAGAGCCUAUUGUGGUAACAAAUAUUGAUGAAUCUGAGACAUCUCUUCUCCGACAAUCAUUUAUGUUGAACCCGAGCCAAUCUGUCUAUGAAUAUCUGCAAUCGCAUAACGCCAGAGUUUCUGAUUUCGUACGAGUUGAACUGGGUUCCGAGUAA